AUGGCAGCACCCACGGCAUCUAAUCCGGCUCGCGGCCCUAUCACCACCCCACUGACCUCCCUUUUGGGCAUCUCCCAUCCCAUCCUCCUUGCCGGUAUGGCGCGGACCUCCGGUGGCCGCCUUGCCGCUGCUGUAUCUAACGCUGGCGGGCUUGGCGUCAUUGGCGGUUUCCAAUAUACUCCAGACCAACUCCGCGAUAUCGUUGCCGAGCUUAAAGCCAACCUGCGUGACCCCUCACUGCCCUUCGGCAUCGAUCUUGCCCUGCCCCAGGUUGGCGGCUCCGCUCGCAAGACGAACCAUGAUUAUACCGGUGGGAAACUCGACGAACUCAUCGAUAUCACCAUCGAGUCGGGCGCUCGCCUCUUUGUCUCUGCCGUAGGCGUCCCGCCCCCUGCUGUCAUCGACCGCCUCCAUGCCGCCGGCAUCCUCGUCAUGAACAUGGUGGGCCACCCACGCCACGCCGUCAAGGCUCUCGACCUCGGCGUCGAUAUCAUCUGCGCACAAGGCGGUGAGGGCGGUGGUCACACCGGGAAUGUCGCCGCCUCCGUCCUCAUCCCCGCCGUCGUCGACGUCGCCCGUGCCUAUCGCCCACCCAUGCUCGGCGGCCAACCCGCCCUCGUCGUCGCGGCCGGCGGUAUCUUGGGAGGUCGCUCCCUCGCUGCCUCCCUCAUGCAGGGCGCCGUCGGCGUCUGGGUGGGUACGCGCUUCGUCGCCUCCGUCGAGGCCGGUUGCUCCGAGGCCCAUAAGCAGGCCGUGGUCUCGUGCGGUUUCGACGGCACUGAGCGGACCCUCGUCCUCUCGGGCCGACCCCUCCGCAUGAAGACCAACGAGUACAUCCGCCGUUGGCACCAGAACCCGGAUCGCAUCCGGGAAUUGUGUGACAGCGGCAUAGUUCCCGUCGAAUAUGACUUUGAGAAAGGCAAUGAUGUGGACUUGCCUCAUCUCAUGGGUCAAGUCGCCGGUGCCAUUACCAAGAUUCAGCCGGCCGCUGAAAUUGUGGACGAGAUGGUGACUGAGGCCGCCGAGAGUCUGAAGUUGGCAAGUCUCUAUCUGGGAGAGAGCAGCGGUCAACAAACCGGCAAGAGCAAGUUAUAA